AUGCGUAGAGGGACAGAGAGGGAGAGGCUUUUUAUCGAUCGGUGGAGUGGCAGAAGCCGCGGAAGCUUCUCUCCAUUUCUCUCCACUCUCCCCUUCGCCUCCUCCAUCCUCCUCGCCCAUGGCGGCGGCGCUCUCGCCAUCGUUCUCCUCCCCCCUCCCCCUCCCCCUCCCCCUCCNCCCCUCCCCCUCCCUCUCCGCCCCCGACCCUUCGUCGUCUACAAAUUCCCAUCCCCCCACCACCACCACCGUAGUCUCUGUUCACACCUCAAACGGACUCUCACUCUCUCUUCGCCCACUCGCCGCUUCCCCGCGAAGCCCACCGCCGCCGCCGCCGCCGCCGCCGCAGCGCCAUCCGACGCGUUCGGAGCGGAGGGGAGAAGCGGAAGAGGCGAGAGGUACAAGAACAGGUUCCUGGACCUCGGCCGCAUCGGGUCGGUCGUCGACGGCGCGGCGGACGCCUUCUUCAAGAGUGAGAUCCGCCGGAGGCUCGCCGUCACCGCCGCCCUCAUCGUGCUCAGCCGCGUCGGCUACUUCGUCCCCCUCCCAGGCUUUGAUCGGAGAUUGAUACCGGAAACCUACCUCAGCUUCACUCCCGGGGCCGCCGAUGAUUUGGGUGAUUUUACUGCGGAGUUGAAGCUUUCACUUUUCCAGCUUGGAAUCAGUCAUCAGAUUUCUGCAUCCAUUCUUAUGCAGGUACUCUGUCAUAUAGUUCCAUCCUUGGUAAAGCUACGGAAAGAAGGUUUAGAUGGCCAGGAGAAGAUUAAAGGCUAUAUAUGGUGGACUUCAUUGGGCUUUGCAAUACUGGGAGCUAUCAUCGUUUCGUCCUAUUCACUUCAGUAUUCAGUGUAUGCUGCCAGUCAUAGAUUCAAGCACAUCAUCAUGACAAGCAUCUUAUUGGUUGUUGGCGCAAUGACUAUGACAUGGAUUUGUGACACGAUAUCAGAAUCUGGAUUUGGUCAUGGUUCUUCACUGAUAAUCUGUGCGAGCAUAUUGACUAGUUAUACAGAGACAUUGUACAAGAUGUUAUCUCAGCUUGCAGGAAAUCUGAUCAGCUGCUGGCCGUACAUAUUUGGGAUACUUGGAAUUUUCACAGUAGUCACUAUGUGGGCAGUUCUUCUUACGGAAGGUUGUAGGAAGAUUAAGUUGCAGUAUUACGCUUUUAAAUUGGCUUCUAGUACAAGAAAUGAAGGUUCUGCGGUAACAGAGGUAGAGCCCUAUAUACCCUUUAACAUUAAUCCAACUGGAAUGCAGCCUGUUCUUACGACAACAUAUUUAUUGGCUUUCCCUGGCAUCAUGGCUAGUAUUUUUGGGACACCAUUUUGGGAAACGAUGAAGGAGAUAUUGAACCCUAGAUCAUCAGUUGGGGCAUAUCCAUGGGUCUAUUAUACGAUUUAUGCACUAUUUGUCUUUCUAUUCAACAUAUUUGACAUUGCAAACUUGCCUAAAGAGAUUGCUGAUUACAUGACAAAGAUGGGUGCUCGUAUACCGAAGAUAAAGCCUGGAAAGGCAACAAUUGAGCAUUUAACAAAGAUUCAAGCAUCAACACGCUUUUGGGGAGGAUUGUUACUAAGUGUUUUAGCUACCUCUUCUACAUUGCUUGAUCAUUAUCUGAAACGCAUUAACAAACAAUUUGCAAUUGGGUUUACAUCAGUCCUGAUCAUUGUCGGCUCAAUAAUAGAAUUGAGAAGAUCCUAUCAGGCGUAUAAUGUAAUGCCGGCCCUAAGCAAGGUUUUGAGGAGAUACGGUGUUCCACAAUAAGGAAAGAAUCAAAAACAACAGCGUCACCGUCAUUUACUACCAAGAAUAGCCUGUUUUCUCAUAUCAGCUGUCGUGCUGGUGCCAUCAAUGUAAGCACUCGCCCCGGGAGUUGUCAUCAUUGGCACAUUGCACAGAAAAUUACCUUAAAGAUGGCAAGCAUAUGAAGAGGGAGGAUAAAAGGUGAAGUUACAUGGAGAUCAAUUUCUCUUGAUCUUCCUUUUGCUUUGGAAUUUCCUUGUUAUAUUUUUAUAGGAAUUAGAAUAGCGCUUGCGAAAUGGUGUUGAAAUUGCGGAACAUUAGGGUUUUUCCAGUUGAUAAAAACUGUGGAAUGUUUGUUUCUGCUGGAAAGUAUGCUAACUCAGUUUCUCAGUGAGGUUAAUGUAAUAUAUAGUGAUAAUUGAAAAGAAAAAAAACGAAAGGGUAAGGUUUGCUGCUAAUUUUCUGUUUGUUAUCUUUUCAUUCCUAUGAAAUUGUAUGUAAAACCUUUUGAAGGUUCUUUUUUUAUUUAAUAUCUUAAAGAAAUGGUUGGAGUGUUUAUUUA